CACUGGGAUGCCGGGGAUACUCAACGGACUAUAAAAUUGUGGCACUCGAUUGUGGCCAGUGGGGACACGCGCCACACCUCGAAAAAUUCCAGCUUGAGCUCCUUGUCAACGCGAGCGGCAAGGCUUCAGCCCGAUCUUCUUGGUAAUACGACGACAACACUACGCCCUGUCGUAAGAACAUCAAUUGAGAUGGCCACUUCAAUCACCCUACGGCCGGUCGUUGGUCGGAUUAUCCAGCGAACGUCACAGCGCAGUCCUUCGGCAUGCCUGGCCUUGGCCACGGGGUCCUCGCCUAGCUCGGCGAGCGCCCCUUUCUCGACCACCGCCUACCUCGAGAUGCGCAAACCGAGGCGUGACAACAACCGUCUGCGAGGCCUCUCGGCGAUCAAACGCUCUGGCACCAAGGCGCGCAUGACAGUUGAUGGUAUCGAGCUGCCCGAGCCUGCCAAGUACAAUCCUGUGGACGACUUCAAGACGGAUCCCGAGCAUGGACUUUACGAUUUCUUCUACGACAAGGAGAAGGCGUUGUUAACACCCGAGGACGAGGCGCAACAUGGUCGGUCGUGGAACGUUGAGGAGCUACGGCACAAGAGCUGGGACGACCUGCAUACGCUGUGGUGGGCAUGUACCAAGGAGAGGAACAGAAUUGCAACGGCAAGCAGAGAGAGGACGAGGCUCAAGCUGAAGACUGGUGGAGAUGAGAGCCAAGCUAGGAUGCAGACCGUGUCCAGAACGAUGAAGUCCAUCAAGCAAGCGCUCACAGAAAGAUUCUACGCAUGGGAAGACGCAAGACAGCUUGCGGAAGAGGACCCUGAGGUUGACCUUGCUAACGCAGCCAACCCGUACACGCCACGCAACUACUUCGAGGAGGAAGUGACAGGUUCUGAAGCUCUCGGGGCUGUGCAAGAGACAGCCGACCUGUCUGCAUUACCAAAGGCACCGGAAGGCGAACCUGUGGCUAGAACAUGAUAGCAAUGCGGUGGGCGCAACAUUGAGAUGUAUUAUACAAGGCACUAUGAUGUAUAGAGACCGACAACUGGGAGUGCUGUACUGUACUCGUAUCGAGAAGCAAGAGACCUAUGAGAACGGAGACCUGCAGCGUGCUGCAUGUAAAUUUGUGUACAAUAUAUUAUAUGCUGGGGCGGGACCUGGUUGAAUCCUUGGGAAGAACGAAAGCACAUGAGCCAGACCAAACAUAGGUCUCGUCGUGUGUUUGGCCUGACCUGGUCUAGAUUUAUUGUGUAUGUACUCAGCUACCUGGAGCACAUGAUGUACACGGAUGGACUUCCUAGUGUCUGAGGACUUGUUGCAUAAUGUGAUGAUGGCCCAAACGCAAGCAAGACGCGAG